AUGGAGAACUCCAACAAGGCCUCAUUCCAAUGGCAAGACUACCUGGUAUUUAGCAUUAUGCUGGUCAUCUCUUCUGUUAUUGGAUUGUACUUUGGAAUCAAGGCCAAGAGACGGAAAGCUAGUGCAGACGAGAUGUUAACAGGAAACAGAAAUCUGCCGGUUCUACCCGUGGCCUUAUCUUUGAGCGCCAGCUUUACGUCUGCUACCACCAUCUUGGGAAUACCAGGGGAGGUCUACUUGCGAGGAGGGGAGCAAUGGCUUUGGUGCUUUGGGCUCGUUCUUUGCUUCUUGAUUAUUACUUGCUUCAUGCUUCCUUUCUUCCACAAGCUGCAGUUGACCAACGCUUAUGAGUAUCUCGAAAUCCGAUUCCACAAGGUGAUCAGAUAUAUGGGAUCAAUCGCUUUCUCUGUGAUUAUUCUCAUCUAUAUGGCUGCUGUUCUGUAUGCUCCAGCUGUGGCUCUUAGUCAGGUUACUGGGCUUUCAACGGAGAUCUCCAUUUUGGCAAUGGGAGCUGUGUGCACUUUCUAUACUUCCAUUGGCGGUAUCCGAGCAGUUGUGUGGACCGAUGCCUUUCAGCUGAUAGUUGUGUGGGCGGGCCUCCUGGCCCUGUUAAUAAAGGGAGCCGUUGAUGCUGGAGGCUGGACCAAUGUGUGGAAGGUAUCCAAGAAUGGGUCUAGACUACCCAAGUUCAAUAUGGAUCCGAAUCCCUUUAUCCGCCACACGUUUUGGACUUUGUUGAUUGGUGGAUGCACUAACAUGAUGACAGUCUAUGGAGCCAAUCAGACCAAUCUUCAGAGAUAUGCCAGUGUGCGCACUCUGGCAGGCGCUCGUUUGGCACUGAUUUUGAAUCUGCCACUGUGGAUCAUUUACAUAACAAUUCUCUGCCUUCUGGGACUUGUAAUGUAUGCUUACUUUGAAACCUGUGAUCCCAUCACAGCUGGGAGUGUUGUCACACAGGAUCAGCUCAUCCCCUUGUUUGUGCUGAAGACAAUGGGAGACUUUCCCGGACUGCCUGGAUUGUUUGUAGCUUGUAUUUUUAGUGCCUCCAUCAGCACUGUCUCCUCGGGAAUCAACUCGCUGGCAGCUGUGACGCUUGAGGAUCUCUUCAAGCCGUGCUACCAUCUUGUCCAUCGCAAGCCGCCCUCACAGGGAAUCUCCUCAGUUGCCACAGUCAUUCUAGCAAUCAUAUUCGGUGCCAUUACUAUAGGACUCGCUUAUCUGGCCAAAUUGCUGGGCAAAACAGUUCUCACCAUAACGUUUGGCAUUUUUGGCAUUGUUGGUGGGCCUCUGUUAGGACUCAUCAUGAGUGGAAUGUUUAUUCCUUUUAUGAAUAGCUGGGGUGCUGGAGUUGGCAUGAUUGCAAGCCUGAUUGCUUGCUUUUAUGUUGGCAUUGACCCGGUGUUCAACCCUCCACCAAAGAAUGACUUGCCAGUUAGAAGUGACCAGUGUCCGGGAAAUAAUAUAACAUCAACAACAUUAUUAUAUAAUAUAACAAGCAGUACUACGACAUUUCCUUCAAAUGUAACAAUGACACAUCAUAUAUCUAGCUCUGAUGGUCAUCUGUAUUUGUCGUACAUCCACUACUCAACAUUGGCUCUGAUUGUAUCCGGGCUUGUGGGCUCAUUUGUCUCAGCCAUCACUUGCUGCAACAGAGGACGGGACGUCGAUGAACGGACAUAUUAUAAGUACUCAUGGUGUUGUUUUCACAAGUCAUCAACAAAAUAUACGUUUGACUACAGCGAUGACCACAACAGCCAUAGGCGGAACAAUAAUCUGGCCAAACAGGAAGUGAGGGAUAGUCACGAACUAUAUUCAAAGAAUGGAGACAUCAAAAGGGAAACGCCCAACUUUAUCUACACAAAUGACGCGUGUAGUAUCAUGGAUUAG